GGUGACGCUUCACCUAGCCCGAACGGGAGGAAUACAUGAACAAUCUACGCAACCUCAUGCAUCUUCAUAUAAAUUCAACGUUGCUUAGUCAAUCGGCGAUCCAGUGCCGAAAAUAAGCUACUCCUAGGCAUUACGAUAGGAUGGCGCGGUUAGCGCUUUUGAUAUUAUGAUGAGGGGUUACAAAAUAAAAGGAUUUUCUGGCAAGUUAAGACGAAGCCAACAGUGAGGUACUCGAGGCAUAUCAAGAAGCCGACUUCGCGGCUCGUAAACACGAGAAGGGGCUCGGAGUCCCACCAAGAGAAACGGCGACUGAGCGACGACUAGGUAGCGCCCGCAUUACCACUUAUCAUUUGCGCGCCAUGGAUGAAGCGAUCACAAUUCUCAAGUCGCAAAAUGUCCCGGUCUUUGACCGUGGCGACGAGGAGUACGAACGCUCCGUCGCAACUCCAAAUCUCUUGUUUCGCUUCUCAAGACCCAAUUGCGUUAUCCAACCCGAAUCAGCUUCUCACGUCCAAGCUAUUAUAAAAGAGGCGCGAUCAAAGAAUCUUAAAAUCACUAUUAAGUGUGGUGGUCAUUCAUACGCGGGUCAUUCCACCGCAUACGAGGGUAUUUCUUUGGACCUCAGGAGGAUGAAAAAGGCCCAACUCGACAUGAAGUCGAAAACCGUCACCAUGGAAGCUGGUUGCCAAUGGGGCCAUGUGUACAAAACAUUGAUAAACGACCGACAUGAUGGUUAUGUCAUCAAUGGUGGAAGGUGCCCUUUUGUUGGUGUCGGUGGUUUUAUGCUAGGGGGUGGCCUCGGCCCAUUCACGAGAAGUAUCGGAAUGGGAAGCGAUACUCUAAAAGAAGCUACAAUCGUGACUGCAGAUGGGGAGCUAGUUACCGUGAAAGACAGCGAUGCCCGUAACUCUAAGAAUGGGAGAUUAUUCUGGGCGCUUCGUGGUGCGGGAGGUGGUAAUUUUGGCGUGUUAGUCCAGAUGAAGCUCGGCGUCAAGAAAUUGCAAAGCGAAUACGUAGUUGCUGGGAGGUACCAAUGGUUCCCUCAAUCAGUGCUGACAGAUGACUUCAUGGCUACGAUGAACAAGUUCUACACGACCGAUUGGCCUAUUCGAAUAACAAUUGAUAGUACUUGGAUGUGUGAUCUUCGUCAAAACUCAGGCGACGGAGUUCGGUUCCUCAUAUACUUUGACGGCAAGAAGGAUGAAUUCGAGCGCAUCAUCGACAAGUAUAUACAAGACCCGGAACUUGCAAAGCAACUCAAGCGACGCUCCUUGCCCGAGAAGUCUACGCGAUUCCUCCAUGAAACUCUUGUGGUGCAGUGGUCCGAGGAAACCGUAAGGGCUUUCCCUACUAACAGGACCUACAGCAUCUACAGCUCCUUCGUUUUCGGCAACGAAAGAAGCAACAUUGAGAAGAUUACCACUAUAAUCCGGGAAGAGAUGAAAAAUUUUCGGCGUCUUUUCGCUGGAGAACGAGUUGAAUUUCUAGUUACUUGGAUUCAUUCGGGCGGCAAGGCGAAAGAGAAAAGCCCAUCAGAUUCCGCAUUCUUCUGGCGUCAAGCUGUGUAUCACACCUACGUCACGGUGGAAUGGGAGGAUAAAUGGAUGGAAAAGGAUAUGAGAUGUUUCUUAGGGAAGGUCAAGAAACUCUUGAGGCCCCUUUCUCUCAAUGGCGAGGCCGCAUUCAUCAACUUCCCUGACGGGGCGCUAUCAACAAAUUCCCACGAAAGAGCGUAUUUCGGAGAUAAUCGCAAUGAGUUACGGCUCAUCAAGGAGAUAUGGGAUAGGAAUAAUUUCUUCAAGUGGGACCAAGGUGUCCGACUUCCAGGGGCAACAGACGACGGGAAGACGGGAGUGGACGUACCGAACGAGGAGGAUCUAACGGAUACUAUCGCGGGGAAACAGUGGGAACAUUUCGAAAUUCCCGAAACCCUUCAAACUCCAGAAAACAAUGAGUUCCUUAAGGGUCUUAAGGAGUUGGAAGAUCUGGGAUUUUGAAAGAUUUCUACACUAGACUGCUUCGUAAGAAGCCUCAACUCCUAGUCCGUCGCUGCAGAGCCAGCAUUAAUAACUUCCUUUCCCCCCUUUCGGAAUUUCCUAGAGGCCUCCUUCACCUUCUCUUGAAGCCACGGCGUCUAUUCACAAAUAAACUCCGACAUAGUCGCUGUACCCCCCACCGGCACUACCGGGAUGGUGAUGUUGAUUACUGGCGGUGGUGGCUGUGGCAGUAGUAGAUCCGAGACAGACCACGUCAGAGCUAUACGAAUGGUAAGCAAGUCGUUAUUCGAGAAGUUAUAUGCGCUGAAUAGCAAUACACUUACCUGUCCUCGGUCGAGGAGGACCGCAAUGACCGUAUAGGUUCGUAGAAUUUAUUCUUGUGGGCGCUGUUGAUGAUACUAUGCAGUACCUAGGUAUCUUGGCCCGGAAUGAAAUAUGAUAACUGAAAUGGCAUGGGUAUUGAAGGUUGGUCUGGUAUUGAUACCUAGGUAUUUAGGAGGUGUACGAGAUGUGAUUAGGCAUAAAAGAGAAACGAAUGAAGAUAUUGACCGUAACGAAUCAAUUUAAAUAUGAACGCUUCUCCGGCGAGCUAUCUA